CAGUAUAUACCAUCUUCUACGAAGUGUAGGGUUCCUCAACAAUUAGUCGAAGACCAUGGCACCUCUGACCGGUAAGAUGGUGAGCAAAACCAAAAUCGAGUCUGGUGGAGACGUGUUUCAUGAGCUUUGGUCAAGUAACCCACAUCAUGUACCCAAUAUCUCGCCAGCUAAAGUCCAGGGCUGUGAUUUGCAUGAAGGUGAAUUUGGAAAAGCAGGAUCCAUCGUCUGCUGGCGCUAUGUUCAUGAUGGGAAGAAUAAGGUGGCUAAGCAGGUGAUAGAAAGCAUAGAUGAGGAGAACAAGUCCAUCACCUUUAAGAUGCUUGAAGGAGAUCUGAUGGAGCUUUACAAGAGCUUCAUAAUAAGUAUUCAUGUUGACACAAAGGGUGAGGAUAACUUGGUCACAUGGACUCUCGACUACGAGAAGCUCCAUGAAGAUGUGGAGGAUCCGAAUUCUCUGAUGGAGUUUUUCAUUCACCUCACCAAAGAUAUCGAGUCUCACCAUUUGCAGUAAUACCUGAAUAUUGUGAAGAAAUAAUAAGUGCAGUAACUAGUUAAGAGCUAGCACUAUACUGCGAGGCACAAAUUUGGUUUGACUUGUUUGGAUCGAUGUGUUUAAGUUUGUACGUGUGUUUUUGUUUGUAUGCAUGUCUGGUUACUUCGUCACUUGGUGCGUGAUGGUGAAUAUAUUGUGUUUGUUUUGAGUUCU